AUGGCUAAACGAGUGUACGCUGGACAGAGGAGCCAUACAGAAGACAGUUCCUUUGGUUCGGCCGUGCGAGCAUAACUUCUGGUCCAAAAUGCCGCUCGAAUUGUUCCUUGAUUUACACUCUCAACCAUGUCGCUCCGUCUUUAUGUUUGCCAAGAAAAAUAACAUUGCGUUUGAAUUCAAGAAAAUCGACCUGGCUGCAGGCCAACAUUAUGGAGAAGAGUUUGGGAAGAUCAGUAUUCUGAGGAAGGUCCCUGUAAUGAGAGAUGAAGAAUUCAUUCUCGCAGAGAGCAUUGCAAUCCUGAAGUAUCUGGCAGAGAAAUUCAGAACCCCGGAUCAUUGGUACCCAGCUGACCUACAGAAGCGAGCCCGUGUAAAUGAAUACCUGUCCUGGCAGCACACAGCAAUAAGGACCCAUGGUUCAAAGGUCUUCUGGUUCCGGGCCAUGGUUCCCAUCAUAACGGGGGCUGAAGUUCCCAAAGAGAAGAUGGACUCUGCAAUGGAAGACCUCAACACAUCUUUGAAGCUGUUUGAAGAGAAAUUUCUCCAGGACAGACCCUUCAUUGUUGGAGACCAGAUCUCACUAGCGGACCUGGUGGCUCAUGUGGAGAUCAUGCAGCCUGUUGGGACUGGCGUGGAUGUAUUCAAAGACAGACCUAAGCUGCGAGCCUGGAGCGACCGUGUGAAGACGGAAAUGGGUGAGGCUCUUUUUGAUGAGGCUCACAGCAUCAUAAUGAACGUGCACAACCUGCCUCAGACCUUCCAGGACAACGGCAUGCUGGAGUUUCUCAAACCCAAGAUCCAGAAAAUGUUCAACUGAUAUGAACUUGACAGAAUGCAACCUCACCCAAUGCUUUAAAACAUGCUUUAAUUCCACUGAAUCAGUUUAUAUCGAAGUAAAUCUUUUGUCAUGCUAAAGUAAAUGCUUUAUACCCAGAAUGUUAUUAUAAUUCUUGAUGUAUUGGUUUACAUGGUGGGGAUGCACCCUGCUUAGUUGUGUUGUUCCUGAACAGAUACACUGUCACUGUAUUUUGAUAUGGAAAAUUUUGUAAAAUCAGAUGAUAAAUAAAGAAUGCCAGUUUCAGUCAAA